AUGGCAGCCAAGAAGGGCAAGAAGACCAAAAUGAAGAGCGGCUCGCCCAUCAACACCCAGGCAGGAGCGAUUGCGCCGCCGGUCCAGCCGCCUUCGACCUCAGUCGUCACCGAGGAGCACGCGCCGAUCCUGUCGAAGCCACGCAAGAAGAAGAAAAAGCCGCGUCAAGAUGAAAGCAGCAGUCACACCGAAACCUCAAGUGACGCAGGUCCUGUCACUGCGACCAACGUCGAUGGCACGUGCAGUGAGCUCGUUGACUUGCAAAGCAACGCUGGCAGCGAUCAGUCUCUGUCGCUCGCCCCGUCCAAGGCAACAGAGGGGACCGAGUCCUCUGACACUAGCCCUAUCGACCGGGAAGAGGAGAACAGGAGGCACUGGGGUGUUGAAGAAGCCGGGGCGCGUGAUACCACGAAGACAGAGGCAACAACCUGCCCAGUCGACCUGGGCCCCCUCGGCCAACCUAAGAACUCUGGCGCAGUCAAGGGCUCAGGCAAGCAGACCGAGUGGUUCAACCCCGCACGUCAGGAAGCACUCGAAGCAGUCAGCGACUUCAAGACUAGAAUCCUCGAACGAGCUGCGAAACAAGCACGCAAUGAUACGCGUUUCACUCCUUCCCCAUAUCCGAACGACCUUUACUUGUACGACAAGCCCGGUAACUCGCCAGAAGACAAUGCUAUGCUCAAGCUCAAGCGCGGCGUUGAUGCUGCAGUCAUGGAGCUCGAUCCCUCUCUGAUCCCAGAAAAGAGCAGCAUCCCACUCAAUAUCGCCAAGAGAGCGGCCAUGUACGUCUGCGGCCUUCUCAAAUCUCACGAUGGGCAGUUUCGGUGCGCAAUCGACAGUUUGAGGGGCUCUGUCGAGAAAAACCAGCCAGCACUGGCGCCCUGGCUGGCUGACAUGUGGGACGAGAGGCUACUCGAUAGUGAUCGAGACUGGUUGCUCGGAAAGAAGAUCGAUGACAUGGACGAGGAAACGGCCAGAAGCCACAUUGGGAACAUGAUGGAGUUCAUCAUGAAGUACAAGCUGUGGGGCCAGAUGGUCGAGACGGAGUGCGAGGAUCUUGGAGUGGCAGUCUAUCCGAGGCUGAACUAG